AUGAGGGAUGGUGAGGUUCCCUCCCCCAGUGGGAAGAUAUCAGGCCAGAGAGGUUUCAGCAAAUAUGAGUCUCCUUCCAUUAAAGAGGAAUUUGAGCACCAGAAAAUGAAACAGGAACAGCCAGAGCUCCCUCAACAGCAAAAGAGAGAAGCGCAACUUCCAAUCAAAAAGGUGCAGGUAGAGCUGCCAUACAUUAAAGAGGAGGACGAUAUCACCAGAUCGACUGGUGAGCCCCUGAAGAGUGAAGAUUGUCUGAGUGAGGCCAGCAGAGGGACGGAGCCUCAGAGCAGCAACUCAACACAAGGCUUGCAAACUGACAUUUUCAUCGCUCCAUCGGACAGAAAUGGUGCCACAUCACACUCAACUUACAAUGAUGAUGGUCAUAAGAAAUCUCACUGUGACGACAAACACUGCAAAUGCUCUCAGUUUUGUGGUCAUAAAUUCACUCGAAAGGAAACCUUAAACAGUCACACAAGAACCCACACUGGUGAAAAACCUUUUGCCUGCUCAGUUUAUGGUCAAACAUUUAGUGGUAAGCAAAACCUAGGAAUACAUUUAACAACCCACACUUGUGAAAAACCUUUUUCCUGCUCAGUUUGUGGUAAAGGAUUCAGUCUAAAGCAAGACGUACAAAGACACAUAAGAAACCACACUGGUGAAAAACCUUUUGUCUGCUCAGUUUGUGGUCAAGGAUUCAGUCUAAACCAAGACGUACAAAGACACAUGAGAACCCACACUGGUGAAAAACCUUUCGUCUGCUCAGUUUGUGGUCAAGGAUUCAGUCAAAAGAAAGACGUACAGGAACACAUAAGGACUCACACUGGUGAAAAACCUUUUUCCUGCUCCGUUUGUGGUCAAGGAUUCGCUCGAAAGCAACACUUGAAAACACACACAAGAACCCACACUGGUGAAAAACCUUUUGCCUGCUCAGUUUGUGGUCAAGAAUUCAGUCUAAAGCAUGAUGUACAAAGACACAUAAGAACCCACACUGGUGAAAAACCUUUUGUGUGCUCAGUUUGUGGUCAUAAAUUCACUCGAAAGGAAAACUUAUAG